CACCAACAAAUCGGAAACAGGAUCGUUUUAUAUGGUCAAGUUUCAAAUUGCCGAGCAAGCCGACGCUUAUUCCGUCAUUUCACCACGUCACUGCCAACGCCGAGGGUUCAAACUGGGGUUGGUGGCGCGGCGUGGCGCCCGUUGGUCCAUAUGACCACAUUCUUUUUUUACGUACAAAAAUCAUAGUAGUAUCACCACAAUUCUUGAUCCAUUAAACUAAGAAGCCAUUUGUUGACUCGAAAACCACGGGAGGCAGCCGCUUCCGUUUGGAAGCCUCCGUGCAUCUCGUAUUAAUUGCAGCCAUGAUUUGAUCUUUUCCACGGUGCUCUCCAUGUGCUGCCCCGCUGCUAAUCUGCUCCAAAUCGCCUCCCUUCUCGCUCCGUCGACGGUCCAAGCUCGGUAGAAUCGAGGAUCUUUUCAACAACCCAGGUAGUUUCAGACUUCUGAUCUUCUGUUUCGCUGCGUGUCAAGAAGUUCGAGAUAGACUGCUGAGGGCGGGAGAUCAUCGAUCGGCCCAACGAUGGGGUGCAUCUCCUCCAAGGUCCUGACCAGGUCAGGGAGCCUGCGAGAGAAGACCAACCAGGGGUUCCAGAAGAGCAGCCUGGUCGAGGACAUCAUCCUCUCCAACUCCAAGACCAACGGCGACCAGUUCCUGGCCCUCCUCCGCACCCCCAGCUCCGCCGCCAGGACGAGCAAGGUCGACGCCGCCGCCGACCAGCCCCCCGCGCCGGCGCCGGCCAAGAUCGAGACGAUCAACGUGUCUGACCUUCUCGCCGGGCUGGAGGAAGAGAACACCGCCGAAGGAGCCGAUGAGCGAGGCGACGAUCGGAAAACAGGCGGCGGCGAAACCUUGUCGCCCCGGUGCGCAUCGGAUGGCGCGGCCGGGAGGGCCGUCAGCUUCCGCACGCUGGAGGAGUUCGACGCCCUGGUUUCGCGGUGUGCCUCGCCGGAGAAAGCGGAGCCUGUAACAGCACCAGCAGCGCCUGAACCAGACGCGUCGGUGGAGCCGCCGCCGCUGAGCAGCUCCUCAGAGCAAGGCGCGAUGGCCACAGGGAGCAGGGAAUCCGAACCAGACGCGCCGGUGGAGCCGCCGCCGCUGAGCAGCUCCUCGGAGCAAGGCGCGAUGGUCACAGGGAGCAGGGAAUCCGAACCAGAUGCGACGGUGGAGCCGCCGCCGCUGAGCAGCUCCUCGGAGCAAGGCGCGAUGGUCACAGGGAGCAGGGAAUUCGAACCAGAUGCGCCGGUGGAGCCGCCGCCGCGGAGCAGCUCCACGGAGCAAGACUCGAUGGCCACCGCGAGCAGCGCUCCGGGACUAGGGGAGGCGCCCGGCGGCGCGAAGAGGCGGGCGAGGGCGAGGCAGCUCGGCGAGCUGAGCGCGACGCCGGGCUUCGACUUCAGCAAGUCCGGCAGCCUGAGGGACUGGCUGCUCGGCGGCGGGCAGAUGUUCUCGCCGGGCUCCUACGUCACGCCAAAGUUCGGCAGCGUGACGGCGGCGCCGUCCGAGUCCGCGGAACACGGAGAGCGCGCGGUGUUCGAUCCGGAGCUGGUGGCGCAGCUGGAGGAGGCCAUGGAGGAGCUGUCGGUGGACGAGGAGCGCGUGCUGAGGGAGGUCCUGGAGGUCCUCGAAGCCGGAGAAACACAGAUGUUGGAGAGGCUGGACGAUCGGGAAGUGCCGGCGGUGAUUGUGCAGGAUUAGGCGUCAGCUUGAUGAUGAUUUUGGUAACUUUUGUUGCCGUUUUAGAGUGCUUGUGAUGUGAUUUGUCAACCCUUUGUUAAGGAGAAAUGUACAGCAAAGAUUUUGUUUUUUCA